GUGGUCUGUUCUUAUUAACUGCACCACGGAACAAUUGCACAAAUUUAGUAAUUAAAAAGAACAGACUACAAUAUUCAUGAACUCGUGUGUGCAUUUGAUCGUGUGCGCUAUAAUCCGUUGCUACGUGAAUUCUACGUCGUGUAUAAAUAUGCCAAGCUGCAGUGUGCCUGGGUGCUGUAAUCGUACAACAAAAGGAAAAAAGAUUCAUAUGGCUUGCUUUCCAAGUGACCCAAAACGAAAGGUAAUAUGGAUCAAUAAUAUAGGCAAAGUUAAUUGGGAAGCAACCAAGCAUUCAUAUAUAUGUGAAGAGAAAACCCGAGUCGACGGAAAACGGAAGUUGAAAUGCAACGCUGUGCCCACAAUUUUCUCUGUUCCAUCGGAAAGAAGUGGCACGUGUAUUAUUACGAACGAUAGUACUAAUAAAUCUGUGGAAAAACAGCCUAAUAUAAUGUUCGAAACAUUGGAUCAUCAAGCAUCAAUUCAUGAAGACGUUACCACGAAACAAAAUAACUGUCUCGGAUCAGAUGUUUCUGAUAUUACUCCAUUGAUAUCGAAUCCGUCCAUUUCUAGCCAUUCAAACAAAACAUGCAAUGAAGUUGAUGACGUUCAAUGGCUGAAGAAACUAGAAGAAGUAAACAAAAAACUUGAUAUUGCCAACAAAAUUAUCUUGAAAAGUAAUUAAUGCAACUACCUGUUAAAGAAGCAGG